AUGGCUCCAAAUGUGUUUUUAACCGGCGCCACGGGCUAUGUUGGCGGUGACUUUCUGUAUGUUCUCACAAAGGCUCAUCCGGAUUGGAAUAUUUCAGCCUUGGUGAGAAACGUCGGCAAGGCAGCCAUCCUGUCUAAAGAGUAUCCGAAAGUCCGAAUCGUCAGCGGCGACCUUGACUCGGCCGAGGUCAUCGAAGAGGAGGUCCAGAAUGCAGACAUUGUCUUCCAAAUCGCCGACUGCGACCAUGUCGGGGCAGCGAAAGCGAUCGCCAAAGGCGCUGCUUACCAUACCUCCGAUCGACCAUGCUGGGUGAUUCACGCGUCUGGAACGGCGAGUUUUAGCUUCGAAGAUACCCGAGAAAAGACGUACGGGAUUGAGCGGACAAAGGAAUACAAUGAUUGGGAUGGACUUGACGAGCUGUUUAACCUCCCUGACGAUGCAUUCCAUAUUGACGUGGAGAGAACCAUUAUCGCAGUUGGUCGAGUCGAUCCGCAGCGUAUCAAAACGGCUAUCGUUUCUCCUCCGACGGUAUAUGGCCCUGGUCGUGGCCCUACCAAACAGACCAGCAUCCAGGCGUACUUCCUUGCUAAGGCCGUCCUCCAACGAAAGAAGGGGAUCAUCGUUGGCGAAGGGAGGAAUCUUUGGAGCCAAGUCCACGUCCAGGAUCUCAGCGAUCUCUUCCUCUCCCUCGCCGAGGCAGCAGCAGCAGGAGGGGGAAACGCAACCUGGAACGACGAGGGAUAUUAUCUCUCCGAGAAUGGAUGGUACGUAUGGGGUGAUGUCGAAAGAGCCAUUGCGCAGGCCGCGUAUGAAAAGAAUUAUAUUCCAACUACCGAGCUUACGCCCUUUGGAGAGGAUGAGGAGUUGGGAGACACGCUUGGAUAUGGACUGCUCAUGUGGGGAUCGAAUAGCAGGGGGACUUCUAUUAGGGCAAAGAAACUGCUUGGAUGGAACCCUACAAUGCCCAGUAUGCUGGAGGAGGUUCCGGGGAUUGUUGAAGGAGAGGCAAGAGCGUUGGGUUUGGCUGAGUAG